CCUGGCUCUUGCCUAAAAUUAUAAUGGGAGGACUAGAACUUCCCAGGGCUAAAGAGAACAUCUGCUUCGCUGUCCCUGGAACAGGAGGGAAGGGGGCUUGGAGACAGAGCCUGGCUCCCUACACCCCUGCUGUUUAGUAUGGAUGCUGGAGCAGUACUAACUGGGCCAUGGCAACAAGUCAGAGGCCUGGCGAGGCUGGACAUGCUGCUUCUCCACAGCCCAACGGCCUUCGGCCUCUUGCUGCCGCUGCCAGCUCUGUUUUCCCCAGGGGAGUCAUUUGAUUUUCUUCUGGCAGCGCACAGGCUGCUGGGAAGAGAAGAGGGAGCCUGCCAGCUUCUGGAUGCAACCUGGAGGCCUGGGGCAUGGGUGCAGUUGUCCUCUGGGAGAUUGGGGGCCCAUCCCCCUCUCACUAGAACCAGUGACUCUCAGGAAGGGGCCAGCUGCCGGGUCACCUGCAGGGGGCAGCAGGAGCCCAAAGCCUCAGCCAGCCCCUUGACCUAGGAGGAAGGCAGGGUGCUCAGUGUCGGCAGCUGGUGGACAGGGGGCGGCUACCUCAUGGCCUGGGCUGGGGUCUGUGCCAGCUGUUGUUGGCAGCUGGCUGAAGCGGUCCUGCCCACUGCCAUUGGGGUUGGAGCUGAGAAGACUCCCUUGCUGAGUCCUGCCCCUGCCAGCCAGUCCCCCAGGCUUUCCAUCCUGAGGGGCCCAGGUACCCCAAAUGCUGGGUUCUCUUGCUUCCCUAAUGGCUUUCCUAGCAGUGCCCCCCUUUCUGAGGGGUUUAGGGAGGUGGGCAUAAGUGCUGACAGCAGUUGCCUCCAGGGUCCUGGAACCACUGGGGCCUCCUGGCCCACAGAUGUCCUUCUAGUUGACCUUGAGCAGAAUGCGAGGCAGGGGGAGUGUGCCCUUUCCAGAGCUGCCCCAGCAGGCCUGGCCCCGCUGAAACCUGAAGCCAGCCUGAGUUCCAGCCCUGGGAGCACCAACCCUGAGCCGACCAGCUGCAUUAGGACAAGGGUGGCAGCAGAGGCCGGAACAAGGGACACAGGCAGCAAUGGGCCUGGGCCUGGGCAGGGGCACCGGCUGCCUCACUGCUAUGGCAGUCCUGAAACUCCAGAGCCAAGACAAGCGCAGCUGCUGACUAUACCAGAGACCCCCUCAGUCAUGCUGUUGAAUGGGGACUGCUCAGAGAGCUUGAAGGAGGGGACAGCUGAGCCACCCAGGGAAAAUGGAGUGGAUGAGGGUGAGCAUGGAGAUGAGACCACUGGACAGGAAGUCAUUGUAAUUCAGGACACAGGCUUUUCUGUGAAGAUCCUGGCCCCUGGCAUCGAACCCUUUUCCCUGCAGGUAUCGCCCCAGGAGAUGGUGCAGGAGAUUCACCAGGUGCUCAUGGACCGUGAAGACACAUGUCACCGUACCUGCUUCUCGCUGCACCUGGAUGGCAACAUGCUGGACCAUUUCUCAGAGCUGCGUAGUGUUGAGGGACUGCAGGAGGGCUCAGUGCUCCGAGUGGUGGAAGAGCCAUACACAGUACGUGAGGCCCGAAUCCACGUGCGCCAUGUCAGAGACCUCCUCAAGAGCCUGGACCCAUCUGAUGCCUUCAAUGGAGUUGACUGCAACUCCUUGUCUUUCCUGAGUGUCUUUACUGAUGGUGACUUAGGAGACAGCGGGAGGCGGAAGAAAGCCUUGGAGAUGGACCCAAUCGACUGCACGCCACCAGAGUAUAUAUUGCCAGGGAGCCGGGAGAGGCCACUGUGUCCCCUGCAGCCUCAGAAUCGUGACUGGAAGCCUCUGCAGUGUUUGAAAGUGCUUACCAUGAGUGGCUGGAACCCACCCCCUGGGAACCGCAAGAUGCAUGGAGACCUCAUGUACCUGUUUGUGAUCACCGCUGAGGACCGGCAAGUCAGUAUCACUGCAUCUACACGGGGCUUCUACUUGAACCAGUCCACAGCCUACCAUUUCAAUCCCAAGCCUGCCAGCCCCCGCUUCCUCAGCCAUUCCCUAGUGGAGCUGCUCAACCAGAUCAGUCCGACCUUCAAAAAAAACUUUGCUGUGCUGCAGAAGAAAAGGGUCCAGCGCCACCCGUUCGAGAGGAUUGCCACCCCAUUCCAGGUAUACAGCUGGACAGCCCCCCAGGCAGAGCAUGCCAUGGACUGCGUGCGUGCUGAGGACGCCUACACCUCGAGGCUGGGCUAUGAGGAGCACAUUCCUGGACAGACCCGGGACUGGAAUGAGGAGCUGCAGACAACAAGGGAGCUGCCCCGCAAGAACCUGCCUGAGCGAUUGCUUCGAGAGCGAGCCAUAUUCAAGGUGCACAGUGACUUCACGGCGGCAGCCACAAGGGGCGCCAUGGCAGUUAUUGAUGGCAAUGUGAUGGCCAUCAACCCCAGUGAAGAGACCAAGAUGCAGAUGUUCAUCUGGAACAAUAUCUUCUUCAGCCUGGGCUUUGAUGUCCGUGACCACUACAAAGACUUUGGUGGGGAUGUGGCAGCCUAUGUGGCACCCACAAAUGACCUGAAUGGUGUGCGCACAUACAAUGCUGUGGACGUGGAGGGACUGUACACACUUGGUACAGUGGUAGUGGACUACCGGGGCUACCGUGUUACAGCUCAGUCCAUCAUCCCUGGCAUCCUGGAGAGGGACCAGGAGCAGAGUGUCAUCUAUGGCUCCAUUGACUUUGGCAAGACAGUGGUGUCACACCCACGCUACUUGGAGCUGUUGGAGCGCACCAGCCGGCCUCUCAAGAUCCUGCGGCACCGCGUGCUCAAUGACCAUGAUGAGGAGGUGGAGCUCUGCUCCUCGGUGGAGUGCAAGGGCAUCAUUGGCAAUGAUGGUCGUCACUACAUCCUUGAUCUGCUACGUACCUUUCCACCAGACCUCAACUUCCUCCCUGUGCUUGGUGAGGAACUGCCUGAGGAGUGCACACGUGCUGGCUUCCCCCGCACCCACCGACACAAGCUGUGCUGUCUGCGCCAGGAGCUGGUAGAUGCCUUUGUGGAGCAUAGGUACCUGCUCUUCAUGAAGCUGGCUGCCUUGCAGCUGAUGCAGCAGAAGGCCAGCAAGGUGGAGACCCCCACAUUCUUAGAGAAUGGUGGUCCCUCUUCAGUGGAGGCCAAGUCUGCAGACCCUCUACGACCUGAGGCAGGAAGUGAGGAGGAGGGUGGUGGUGCUAGUGGACUGGCCAAGGUGAAGGAGCUGGCAGAGACCAUCGCCUCAGAUGACACCUCGGUAGACCCUCGGAGCCGAGAAGUGAUCCGCAAUGCCUGCAAGGCUGUCGGCUCUAUCAGCAGCACAGCCUUCGAUAUUCGCUUCAAUCCUGACAUCUUCUCACCAGGGGUUCGCUUUCCUGAGUCCUGCCAGGACGAAGUUCGGGACCAGAAGCAGCUGCUGAAAGAUGCGGCUGCCUUCUUGCUCUCCUGCCAGAUCCCUGGCUUGGUAAAGGAUUGCACAGAGCACGCUGUACUGCCCAUGGAUGGGGCUACGCUGGCAGAGGUGAUGCGCCAACGUGGCAUCAACAUGCGCUACCUGGGCAAGGUGCUGGACCUGGUGCUGAGGAGUCCAGCCCGCAACCAGCUAGACCACAUUUAUAAAAUUGGCAUCGUAGAGCUCAUCACACGCUCUGCCAAGCACAUCUUCAAGACAUAUUUACAGGGAGUGGAGCUCUCAGGCCUCUCAGCUGCCAUCAGUCACUUCCUGAACUGUUUCCUGAGCUCCUACCCUAAUCCUGUGGCCCACCUGCCAGCUGAUGAGCUACUCUCCAAGAAAAGGAACAGGAGGAGGAAAAAUCGGCCUCCAGGGGCUGCAGACAACACUGCCUGGGCCGUCAUGACCCCUCAAGAGCUCUGGAAGAACAUCUGCCAGGAGGCCAAGAACUACUUUGACUUCACCCUCGAGUGUGAUUCUGUGGACCAGGCUGUGGAGACCUACGGGCUGCAGAAGAUAACGCUGCUGCGGGAGAUCUCCCUGAAAACUGGGAUCCAGAUUCUCUUGAAGGAGUACAGCUUUGACAGCCGCCAUAAGCCAGCCUUCACUGAGGAAGACGUGCUCAACAUCUUCCCCGUGGUCAAGCAUGUCAAUCCUAAGGCCUCAGAUGCCUUCCACUUCUUCCAGAGUGGGCAGGCCAAAGUACAGCAGGGCUUCUUGAAGGAAGGCUGUGAGCUCAUCAAUGAGGCCCUGAACCUGUUCAAUAACGUGUACGGAGCGAUGCACGUGGAGAUCUGUGCCUGCUUGCGCCUACUAGCUCGCCUCCACUACAUCAUGGGCGACUAUGCUGAGGCCCUGAGCAACCAGCAGAAAGCUGUGCUGAUGAGUGAGCGGGUGAUGGGCAUCGAGCACCCCAACACCAUCCAGGAAUACAUGCACCUGGCCCUGUACUGCUUCGCCAGCAGCCAGCUGUCUACAGCCCUGAGUCUGCUGUACCGUGCUCGCUACCUCAUGCUGCUUGUGUUUGGGGAAGAUCACCCUGAGAUGGCGCUGUUGGAUAACAACAUCGGGUUGGUGCUGCAUGGUGUGAUGGAGUAUGACUUGUCACUACGUUUCCUGGAGAAUGCACUGGCCGUCAGCACCAAGUACCAUGGGCCCAAGGCUCUUAAGGUGGCCCUCAGUCACCACCUUGUUGCCCGGGUCUAUGAGAGCAAAGCUGAAUUCCGGUCAGCCCUCCAGCACGAGAAGGAAGGCUACACCAUUUAUAAGACCCAGCUGGGUGAGGACCACGAGAAGACCAAGGAGAGCUCUGAGUACCUCAAGUGCCUGACCCAGCAGGCUGUCGCCCUGCAGCGCACCAUGAAUGAGAUCUACCGCAAUGGUUCCAGCGCCAACAUCCCACCCCUCAAGUUCACAGCCCCCAGCAUGGCCAGUGUCCUGGAGCAGCUCAAUGUCAUCAAUGGCAUCCUCUUCAUUCCUCUCAGCCAAAAAGACUUGGAAAACCUGAAGGCCGAGGUGGCGCGGCGACACCAGCUCCAAGAGGCCAGCAGAAACAGGGAUAAGGCCGAGGAGCCAGUGAUCAUGGCUACUGAGCCUGAGCCAGUGGGGGCCCCAGAGGAUGUAGGCUCUCAGCCCCAGGCUGCCAAGGAGGACCCUUCUUCCUCGAGCUUGCAGGGAUAGAAAAGGAGAGACAGUCAGCAGCCCCGUUACCCAACCAUCCAGACUCCAGGAGACGGGGGCAUUCCCAGCAGAUUGGGAGAGGAAGUCAGCCUCUCCUCUUCCAUGUUCCACCCCCACCCCACCCCAGCAUUGGCCUGGGACCCUGGCCUGGCCUGCCUGCCCCCCAAAAGAUGUUUUUGCACUGGUUCAAUGAAUAUACGAUGGAGAGACCCAAUUGAAGACAUGUGAACGGAGCGUGAGCAUCAGCUCCAGCUGGGGGUCAGGUGCCCCUCAGGCCCCCUGUCCUCAAGCAGGUGUGUGUGAGUGCGUCCAUGCCUGAGUGUCCUGCUCUGUCCUUCCUAAACUGUACAUAGCCCCAGUCAGUUCUGAGUGGAUGACGUGUAGAUGCGAUUUCUCAGGUCAUUUGUAUGUUUGACAUUUUGGCUGCUGCUUUUGCUGCCACUACCCCUGGGCCCAGCCUGGCUUCAAGUCCAGGUUUAAGCCAAAAAAGAUGGGGGGCUUUCCUGUGUCCUAGGAGGGGGAGCUAGAGCUCUGGCAGGCCUGGACAGUUGGGGUGCACUUUAAGUUUUGUGGCAAGAUGAGAGCUGCAGUAGCGUUUCUGUGAUUGGGCCUAUAGCUCCAGGAUGAGGGAAGCAGCCAGCAGUGGUGGACCCCCAGACAUCCAUGUGCCUGACCUUGCCCGUCCUUGGCCAAGCAGGGGAGGUGGCACUGCCACAGACUUUGACUUACCUCCCUGCUCCCUGUACCCCAAGUGGGCAUAACCUUGGGGGCCAACAGUCUGAAUGUAUCUCUGCAUUUUAACCUGAGCUGCCUAAUGCACAGUGGGAGGUGGUUGGGUGAAGGGCUGGGGAUCCAGGGCUCACCGGAUCCCAGGGAAAGCGCCAUGCACAGAGGAGUGAUUGUUACCUCUGUGGAGCCAGGCUCCCUACUUGGUUCUUGCUACACAAGCACCUUCCAUGAAGAUCUCUGGGGUGGUGGGACCCCCACUUCCCUGGCUGCUCCCUCUCCCUGCCUGCCUGCAUUGCUUCUCUGUGUCUGCUGUUCCUGGAGAAGAGGGCCACCCUGUAAACCUGAGGGAGCUGUUCCUGGUAGGGCCUCUGCUUGGGGCUUUGCUGGAGCUGCUAAUGGAGUCUGUCCAGGCACCUUGUUUCAAAGGGAAUGGGCAUGAGCUAGGAAGCAAGGCAUCCCCACAGCUAUCAAGAAAUUUUUCUUGUUUUUAAACCAUCAUGUCUUCAUUUCACAUUGGAAUAAAGUGAGUUUUUGAAACCUGC